CCCCCCGGUCCUCCCGGGCGGCGGGAGCGGCGGGAGCAGCGGGAGCCGAGCAUGGCGGGGCCCCGGGGGCUGUGGCUACCCUUGCUCAGCCUGCGGCUACUGGCGACCGCAGCCUUCAACCUGGAUGCCACCAGCACCCUGCUGAAGGACGGCGACAAGGGCAGCCUCUUCGGGGUGGCCGUGGCUCUGCACCGGCAGCUCAGCCCCGAGCCGGCCGGCUGGCUGCUGGUGGGGGCCCCCCAAGCGCCGGCGCUGCCCAGCCAAGGUGCCAACCGGACUGGGGGGCUCUUCGCCUGCCCCCUGACCCCCGAAACCUCCGACUGCUGGCGGGUGCCCAUCGAUGAGGGGGUGGACCCACAGCGGGAGAGCAAAGAGAACCAGUGGCUGGGGGUGAGCGUCAAGAGCCAAGGCGCCGGCGGCAAGAUCGUGACCUGCGCCCACCUGUACGAGGCGCGGCACCGCGUGCGGCAGCCCCUGGAGACGCGGGCGGCCAUCGGCCGCUGCUUCGUGCUGAGCCAGGACCUGCGGGCGCGGGACGAGCUGGACGGCGGCGAGUGGAAAUUUUGCGAGGGGCGGCCGCAGGGCCACGACCGCUUCGGGGCCUGUCAGCAGGGCCUGGCCGCCGCCUUCACCCCCGACCGGCACUUUCUGCUCUUUGGGGCGCCCGGCACCUACAACUGGAAGGGGACCCUGCGCGUGGAGCUGCUCAACCAGAGCUCCCUGGGCCUGCUGCGCCCCGACGCCGGGCCCUUCGAGGCGGGGGGCGAGAAGGACCAGGACCCCUCGCUCAUCCCCGUGCCCGCCAACAGCUACCUGGGGCUGCUCUUUGUGACACACGUUGAUAGUUCAGCCCCCGACCUGCGGCUCUACAAAAGCCCCCGGCCCGGCGAGAAGGUGCCCGGCGCGGCCGGCGACGUGGCCCCCAAUAGCUACCUGGGUUUCUCGGUGGACUCGGGCGCGGGGCUGACGCGGCGGCGGGAGCUGAGCUUCGUCACCGGAGCCCCCCGCGCCAACCACACCGGCGCCGUCGUCAUCCUGCGCCGCGACAGCGCCAGCCGCCUCGUCCCCGAGGCCGUGCUGCCCGGCCACCAGCUCACCUCCGCCUUCGGCUACGCCGUCGCCGUGCUCGACCUCAACAGCGACGGCUGGAUGGACCUGGUGGUGGGGGCCCCCCAUUUUUUCGAGCGCAAAGAGGAGAUCGGGGGGGCCGCCUACGUUUACAUCAACCCGGCGGGGCGCUGGGACGCCGCCACCCCCCUCCGCCUCAACGGCACCCGCGGCUCCAUGUUCGGCAUCGCCCUCUGCGCCGCCGGCGACCUCAACCACGACGGCUUCGAGGACCUGGCCGUGGGGGCCCCCUUCGACGGCGCUGGCAAAGUCUACAUCUACCAUGGCAGCAACCUGGGCAUCGUGGCCAAGCCGGCGCAGGUCUUGGAUGGGGAGGGCGUGGGAGUGACUGCCUUUGGGUACUCGCUGUCGGGGGGGCUGGACGUGGACGGGAACCUGUACCCCGACCUGCUCGUCGGUUCCCUCUCUGACACCGUCGUGCUGUACAGGGCCCGGCCAGUGGUUCACGUCUCCAGGAACGUCUCCCUGCUCCCCCCUAACAUCGACCUGGAGCAGAGCAACUGCCAGCACCAGGAGGGGGUCUGCGUGGACGUCCAAGCCUGCUUCAGCUACACGGCCAGUCCCACCAGCUACAGCCCCCCCCUCGUGCUGGAGUACGUGUUCGAUGCCGACACGGACCGCCGGCGGCUGGGCCAGGCCCCCCGCGGCUCCUUCCUCGCCCGCCGGCCCUCGGACCCCGAGCACCAGUUCUCCAACACGCUGGAGCUGCCGCGGCAGCACGCCCGCGCCUGCGCCAGAGCCACCUUCCAGCUCCACGACAACAUCCGUGACAAGCUGCGCCCCAUCGCCAUCACCCUCGCCUACGGCAUCCAGGGAGCCGGGGCAGAGCGGCAGAACCAGGGGGCCACGCAGCAGAGCCGGGGGGCCACGCGGCAGAGCCGGGGGGCCGCCCUGCCACCCCUCUCACCCGUGCUCAGCCCCCAGCAGCCCAGCAGCCACCGCACCGAGGUGCAUUUCCUGAAGCAGGGCUGCGGCGACGACAAGAUCUGCCAGAGCAACCUCCAGCUCCGCUUCCAGUUCUGCGCCCGCCUUGGGGACGCCGAGUUCCUGCCCCUGCCCAGGGGCGCGGAUGGCACCGCCGUCUUCGCCAUCAGCGACCAGAAGGACGUGGCCUUGGAGAUCCACGUCACCAACUCGCCCUCGGAGCCGGCGGAGCCGCAGCGGGAUGGGGACGAUGCCCACGAGGCCCUGCUCACCGCCACCUUCCCCCCCGAGCUGCCCUACUCUGCCCUGCGCCCCCACGACAGCCGGGGACCCCCGGUGGUGUGCCUCGCCAACCAGAACGGCUCGCAGGUGGAGUGCGAGCUGGGGAACCCCAUGAAACGCGGAGCCCAGGUGCGGUUCUUCCUCAUCCUCAGCACUUUGGGCAUCACCAUCCAGACCACGGACCUGGCGGUGGAGCUGGCCCUGUCCACGAUCAGUGAGCAGCCGGGGCUGGAGCCGGUGGUGGCUCGCGCCCGUGUGGUCAUCGAGCUGCCGCUCUCCGUGACGGGCGUGGCUGUGCCCCCCCGGCUCUUCUUCGGUGGGGUGGUGCGGGGGGAGAGCGCCGUGCGGCGGGAGACCCACGUGGGCAGCGCCGUGCGCUUCGAGGUCACGGUUUCCAACAGGGGCCAGUCGCUGAAGACUCUGGGCUCGGCCUUCCUCACCCUCCUCUGGCCCCACGAGCUGAGCAACGGGAAAUGGCUGCUCUACCCCCUGCACAUGGAGCUGGUGGCCCCCCCCGGGCACCGGGCAGCCUGCAGCCCCCCCGCCAACCCCCUCCGCCUCGCCCUGGAGCCACCCGGGGAGGUUGACCCCGCCGAGGUGCCCACCCCGGGGUCCUGGUGGGUGCCAGCCCCUGCGGAGAGGAGGAGGAACGUCACACUGGACUGCGCCCAGGGCACCGCGCGCUGCCUGGCCUUCCGCUGCCCGCUGCACAGCUUCGAGCGCGCCGCUGUGCUGACGGCCCGCGGCCGCCUCUGGAACAGCACCUUCCUGGAGGAGUACCUGGCCGUCACCUCAGUGGAGCUGAUUGUGCGCGCCAGCGUCUCGGUGACCUCCUCCAUCAAGAAUCUGGUGCUGAAAGAUGCCUCCACGCAGAUCCCCAUCUCCAUCUACCUGGACCCCGGGGCGGCGGUGGCCGGCGGCGUGCCGUGGUGGGUCAUUCUGCUGGCUGUGCUGGCUGGUGUCCUCGUCCUGGCCCUCCUCAUCUUCAUCCUCUGGAAGCUGGGUUUCUUCCGCCGGGCUCGCUACGCGCCGCCGGCCGUGCCGCAGUACCACGCGGUGAAGAUCCCACGGGAGGAGCGGCAGCAGUUCCGUGAGGAGAAGACGGGCACCAUCCAGAGGAAGGCGUGGGCCGCCAACGUGACGGAGCCCAGCGACGGCCGCGUCGCCCCCAGCUCGGCGUAGCUGCGCCCGGCCCCCCGGGACGGGGACACUGGACGCGGGACCCUCCGUCCCAGCGCUGGGGAAGGAGGCACACACGUGUGCCGGCACACGCCUGCCUUAACCGGGCACACACGGGACUGUUUGCACCGGGACGGGGCCCCUUGGCCCCGCAGCUCAGCCCAAUAAAAGGAACAGCCCCGA